GUCUUUUCCACCAACAUGUCCACGCUAUCCCAGCUAGCCGUACCCUUCGUGUACGGUUUAAUUUUCUUCCUUGGAUACCCUCCGCAAUGGCUGUUGAUGCACCUCGAGCCAAGCCCGCUCACGAAGAAUGAACUCAUUGCAUCAAAUGUCACUCUGGUCUUGAUAUGGAUCACGUAUACAAAGAGUGUAUUCGUUGACCCCGGGACAAUACCAAAGGAUUGGGUGGAGCAAGAGCUAGGGGACAAGAAUGUGUAUGCCAGCGAGAGGGAGCGAGAUGCGGUGGCGAAGAGUAGGAAAUGGUGUCGGAAAUGUGAUGCUGCGAAGCCACCGAGGGCUCAUCAUUGCAAGGAGUGCAAAAGGUGCAUACCCAAGAUGGACCACCACUGCCCAUGGACUGCGAACUGCGUAUCCCACAUCACCUUUCCGCAUUUUAUCCGCUUUCUCCUUUACGCCACAAUUGGUCUCAGCAUCUUCGAGUCGUUCCUCAUCGCACGACUCGCUCACCUUUGGAGCAACCGCGAUCUGCCAUCCUACCUAGGCCCAUCACUCAUCCAGCUAGCGCAUCUCUUCACCACACUCAUCGUAAACAGUAUCACCCUCUUUGUACUUGGCAUCCUGAUGCUGCGUAACAUCUGGUGUCUUGCCGUCAACACCACCACGAUCGAAGGUUGGGAAAUCGAGCGCCACAAGACCCUCCUCCGGCGCGCCCGCCACUUCGGCGGCUACCUUUCCACGCCAGAUGGCUCCAAAGUGCGAAUGAAGCACCAGGAGUUCCCCUACGACAUCGGCAUCUUCGCCAAUAUUGCCCAGGGCAUGGGCACAGCUAACCCGCUCUCGUGGUUCAAUCCCUUCGCGGCUACGCCGUCGUUGAAGACGGGAUUGAGCUUCGAGACAAACGGCUUCGAAGAUAAGGACACAACAUGGCCGCCCCCGGAUCCAGAUCGGAGUUACCGCCGCCGGGUCAAGGAGGAUGGGCCUGCGUUUACGUACCGGGAUGCGGAGCUCAGUAAGGAGGACACGCUCGCGGCUUUCCGGGCAAGGCAGGCGGAAGAUGCGGUUCGCAGGCGCAAGCCAUUCGUUGAGCGUAUGGAGGCGCUGAGAGAUGAGAGACGAGACGAGUAUGAGUACGAUCACGGGGACGAUGUGAGUGAGGAGGCCGAAGAUGAUGAGAGGAAAUACGGUGAGGGCGAUGAAGGGGAGGAGGGAUGGCGGAAUUCUGAGGGUGAGAGACUGAAAGACUUCGGGGUCGAUGAGGACGCGGAGUUCUAUGAUGAGCAGGAGGAUGAUCUCCCGUUGAGUGUGCUGAUGGCGAGAAGACAGGCGGCCGCGCCUGCAGCCUCCGGCUUAACAUAUUAAUUUUAGAAAAUCUUCAAUCACGAACUACUUGAAUCUCUGACUGCGG